CUCCUGACCACCCCUCUCCACUGCAUUAAGCCAGGGCGUUUUCUCUUUCACUCUUUUGAUCUCCUGACAGCAAUCCUUCUGUGUUCUCUAAUACAUCGAAGAAACAAUCAGCUCAUUUGCCGUGGGGGCUCGACCCACGCAUAUUAGAGAGAGCACGAACGCACGGGCAGCAAAGAUGUCGUUACAAGGAGCAUUCGUCAACCGCAAGUUCAGCAUGAAUCGCAAUACGGGAGCCCCGCGGAUCUCAACCAAAAUUGCGAGGAGGUUCAGCACGCAUGAGCCAAGUGCUAAUGAAACCAACUCCAAGAUCCACCGCCAAUUCCGCAACGCACACGAAGGCCACAAGUCGCACGCCGGUCUCGACCCCACACGGGCUUCAACCGGUGUAAUUUGGUGUACGGAACGCGCCUACGAGCACGGCUUCCUUGAGAACCCUGACGAGUGGGCAAACCUGGGCCAAGGAGCUCCCGAGGUCGAUGACGAGAUCGAAGGCUCGUUCGAGCGCCCCCAUACGAUCGAUGUCUCGAUGACAGGCAGAGAAUAUGGCCCUACGGCUGGGAUUAAGUCACUGAGAGCUGCGGUCGCCAAUCUGUAUAAUGCGCAUCAUAGACAGGGCAAGGAGAGCCAGUAUUCGUGGGAGAAUGUGUGUAUUGUCCCUGGUGGUCGCGCGGGCUUGAUACGCAUUGCGGCCGUGUUGAACAAUGCGUACUUGGGAUUCUUCAUCCCGGAUUACACGGCGUACAAUGAAAUGUUGUCUCUUUUCAAGAACUUCGCCGCCAUCCCCUCUCCGCUGUCAGAGGAGGAUGGAUAUCACAUCCACCCCGACAAGAUUGCGGAGGAAAUCGCGCGCGGUACCUCCGUCAUUCUGACUUCUAACCCGCGUAACCCUACGGGAAAAGUAGUCAAGAAUCCAGAGCUCGCCGAGAUCCAGAAUAUCUGCCGAGACCGCGCUACGCUUGUUAUGGAUGAGUUUUACGGUGGGUACAACUACACGUCUAACUGUGACGGUACCACCAUCUCCUCGGCGGAGAACAUCGAGGAUGUGGAUGAGGACGAUGUGCUCAUUAUCGAUGGCUUGACGAAGCGAUUUAGAUUACCGGGAUGGAGAAUCGCGUGGAUUGUGGGCCCGAAAGAAUUCAUCAAGGCUAUUGGAUCCUGUGGGUCGUAUCUGGAUGGUGGUGCGAAUGUGCCGUUCCAGGAAGCUGCAGUUGCGAUGCUGGAGCCGAACAAGGUGCGCAACGAGAUGAAGGCUCUGCAGCGUCACUUUAUGGACAAACGCGACUACGUAAUCUCGCGCCUCCGCGCCAUGGGCUUCAUCAUCAAGAACGUGCCCGACUCAACCUUCUACCUCUGGCUCGACCUCGAAAAACUCCCCGAAGAGAUCUCUGACGGGCUUAACUUCUUCCAAGCGUGUCUUGAGGAGAAAGUCAUCGUGGUCCCGGGCAUCUUCUUUGAUUUGAAUCCGAGCAAGAGGAGAGAUCUGUUUGAUAGUCCUUGUCAUCAUUUCGUGCGGUUUAGCUAUGGCCCGAAGAUGGAGACGCUGAAGAUGGGGUUGGAUGGCAUUGAGAGAGUUGUUAAGCGGUUCUCGAAAGAUGGGAAGUUGACGGAGGAGCCGAAGGAGGAGAUUUCUAACUGAGUGGAUGAUGGCAUGGGAACCAUGGCUACGGCGGGACUAAGAUUUGGAUAUGGAACCAUGGUAGGUUGGGAUAUCGGUUGGGAUAUGGGUGGGAAAAUGGAUGAGGAACCGAGGGAGCAUGAAUUAGUUAGAUAUACUGUAUCUUAGAGAUCUUCCUAGCCUGAUGUUAGCGAUUCGAUGAUUAUGGCCUUUCAAGGUGAAAGUUUCUCCACUUUCCCUUUCUGGAUGUGCUAAAAUCUGCUAAUUCAAGAAUGACUCUAGGCUUAGAUAACCGAUUCAGCUUUAGCAUCCCGUCCUGUUGUCAAAGUGAUCAGGAAAACCGUGAUAACCAAUUCGCAGAUUACUCGAAGCGCUCCAGCAACAAGAGAGAGCUCAUCUCGAGGGGUUAGCUCGC